AUGUUUGCAUUGGACGGACCGCCGGAAGUGUCGGACGCAGAGAAGCUCCGCUUUGCGUGCAAUGCCGUGGGUGGCGAUGGGGCCGAGAACGACCGCAAGGGGCCGAGGGCAUGGAUAAGGUCGGCGGAGGCGGGUCAAGAAGGCACGGAUGUCCGCGAGCCAUACAUCCACGUUUGUCGCGGAGACGAAUUCGCCGACUCGCUCGACGCCUCGUUCUUCGCCAAGACCUUUCCCACCCUACUGCCGUUCGGAUUUGGAGGACCACGGUUAGCGGCCGCCAGGGCGGAGCUGGAGACGUCGGGCAAGACUACCGACGAUGGCGUCAAGGAGCUUCUAAGAUGCCUUUCGCUGUACGGCUAUCGGCAGCCCAUGUCGAGGGAGCUCCGUCUGAGCAUGCGGCGCAAGAUCCAGUCACUCAUCUUAUGUCGUGGCGUGCCUGCAAUCUGGUUCACGCUCAACCCGAACGACAUCACGAACCCGGUGAAGCUGAGACUGGCGGCAUACCGCACACGUGAUCCCGCAGCGGCCGAGGCAUUCCUGCAAGGCCUCGACAAGGCGUUCAAACGUGCGCGGCUGGCCAUCUCGGACCCGUUAAGCUCGGCCGAAUUCUUCCACCGAGAAAUGACGUUGUUCUUCGAACAUUACGUGAGAGUGGGCGAGGAGUCGGUGUUCGGGCGCAUCAGCCACUAUUACGGUGCCGUCGAGACCAACGAGCGUGGAGCGCUCCAUGUUCACGGACUGCUCUGGCUGCAGGGCAACGUGCAUCUAAGCUCGAUGCUUGCCGAUAUCGACGGCGAGGAUCAAGCGGCAUACCGAGAACGCAUCGUCAGAUACGUCGACAGUGUCUUUUCCGAGGAUCUGGACCAGGAAGGCUUCUGCGCAAUGCAGGCCGAGCGAUCGGUGACGUCAGAUAUAUCGCAAUUUCUGGGCGACGAACGGCAAUUUUCAGCCUCGUUCGACGAGGAAGCGAACUUCUGUGCCGGCGCGACGCAGAUCCAUACCCACAGCCCGACCUGCGUCAAUGCUUGGGCGUUCCUGAACGUAUCGUUGCUCUACUGGCAAGUCUUCCGACAAUGGCCGCACCUUCGACGAGAAAGCGGCGCAGCCGUUGCAGAUGGCUCUGUGGACGAGUCAAUACUCGUCGAAGAAGCAGGCCAGAGGAUUUGCCGUGUCGAGGCAUACCGUCAUCGGGGAGACGUCCUUCGAGGGCUGUGUCUCUACGACUACGUUUCGCUGGUGCUCAGGCGACCGGGCAAGCAGGCCACGGUCUGCCUCGACGGGUAUUUGAGCAAGGAUUUCGACGAAGACGACGAAGGGUCGUGCUACCGAAGAGCGGCUGUGCAGCAUCUUGCGCUGUUCGUGCCGUGGACCCUGGCCCCGAGGAUAUCAUGUUUCGUCGAUAACGUGCAGUUGCUGCGACGGUCGGCCGAAGAUGCAAAGCGGGACGCACGGCAGUGGGCGGCCUCGUCCGGUGACGGCGACCCCACGGCAGUACGUCCGGACGAGGACGGCACCGGGGAGGUGGGUGUCGAGCCCGGAUCGGGAUACCAGGCCGACAGUGCGGGAAGCACGAAUCGCCUAAUCGACGUUGUCAGAAGCUCGAUCGGGCCGAACCAAAUCACGGCCGGCUCGCCGGAGCUCACGGCGAUGAUGCAGGAGCUCAGCCGAUUUCAGCAAUCGGCGCUGUCCUCUUCUUCCGAGGUCCAGGCCACAAUACUACCCGAACGGGGCCCAAGACGAAUCAACAUCCCGGGCGGGCAUUCUCCGGAGCCACCAUACCGCCGCAAACCUGUCCACGGCACCGGUGACUGGUCGCCGCGCGGCGAUGACGGCAGCGGAGCUCGAGGAAGGAGUAGCGGGGCCAGCGCGGGAAUGGAGAUCCGGUUCGGUGCCUCAACCUCCUUCCUCGAGGCGGGCAAGGCCCUGGCAGCGCGGCUCACGCUAAACAAGAAGCAGGCGAUCGCCUUCCUAAUUAUAUGCCGCCAGCUUGACCUGAUACGGCGCGGGGAGAAAAGCAACUCACGAGUCAUCGAGGCGCUCGUCGAGCUCUUCGCGUCCAAGGAUCAAUCGAAUCGUCUGAUGAUAACGGCGACGUCGGGGACGGCAGCAGCGCGGAUCAACGGCAUUACGAUCCACUCCGCCUGCGGGUUCUCGAAAGAUCUCGCGGCAGCCGCAAACGCGGCCAAGGAUCUCGACGGGGUGCGACUGCCGAAACAGGCGGAGCGGUUCGUCGACGGGCAAUCCCGGAUGGACUGGCAGGAGAAGGACGUGCUCGUCAUCGACGAGGUGAGCAUGCUCGGGGCGCGGACGCUACACGCGGUGAACGAGCAGCUCUGCCGGCUGCGCGGGUCGCACCAGGAUUUUGGAGGUAUUCCGAUCGUCCUCUUCUGCGGAGACUUCCACCAAUUCCGCCCCGUCCAAGAACGCUCGAUCCUCCUCCCCAGCACCGCCGUCUCGUGGGACGUAGACAGCUCCUUCAAGGCCGAGACACGGCACCAGCACGACAAGGCGCACGCGUUGUGGAAGAGAUUCACGACCACGGUCAUGCUGGACGAGCAGGACCGCUCGGAUCUGGACCUCCUCAACUCAAGAUGCUACCGGGAAGGCAGGCGGAUCCCGUGGGAGACGUGCAUCACCGUGGUGACGCCGCUGAACAGGAACCGGUGGAACCUCAACAUGGAGGCCAGCUUGGCGUUCCGGGCCCAGCAGCGGUCAGUGAUGCGCAUCUUCAUCUCGGAUCAUACGUGGAAGGAGGCCCUGCCGACGGAGGAAGAGGCCAUCAUGAUGCUGAACCAGGGCGACGACAGCGCGAUCCCGGUGCCGGCCGUCUUCAUGUUCGUGCCGGGGAUGCCGGUCGUCGUGAACCAUAACACCCAUCAGGGGCUAAAGCUGGUGAACGGCGCCGGCUACACGGCGCUGGAGGUCGUCCUCGACAAGUCGUACCCGGGGCAUCGUAUCACGGCAGACACGACGUGCGACCCGUACAGCCUGUACGUGCAGCUGUCUCGCUGCCCGACGCUGGACGGCAUUAUGCUGGUCUCGAAAUUGCGGGAGAGGGACCUGGUGGGCAACAAGGUGCCAGACGAGAUGACAGACGCAGAAGCGAGGCUGGGCCAGCUGAGCGACAAGACUGUCCGCGAGGCCUCGGGAUGGCUAGACGUUGAUUCCCUGGACUCUAAAGGCACGGGCCUGGACGUGUAG